UUCCACUUCCAUUUUAUUACACGAGUUGUGCAAGUUCUUUAUUAUUAUUGUUAUUUUAAUGUAGUGUGUCUUAUUAUGAACUUUUUAAAAUUAAAAUAACUGUACAUCAUGUCUACAUCAAUUAAAUGUUAUUAUGAAGUACUUGGUGUUUCUCGUACUGCCGAUAAUGAUGAUUUGAAGAAAGCAUAUCGAAAACUUGCAUUGAAAUGGCAUCCAGACAAAAAUCCUGACACAGCAGAAGAAGCGACUCAACAAUUUCGUCUAGUACAGCAGGCAUAUGAGGUGCUGACUGACCCACAGGAGAGAGCUUGGUAUGACAAACAUCGAGAGGCUAUCCUUCGUGGAGGUUUAGGCCAAGGAGGCAAGUAUGAAGACAAUUCACUGAACUUGUUCCAGUAUUUCACAUCGACCUGCUACUCUGGUUACGAGGAUGAUGAAAAUGGGUUUUAUGCUGUGUACAGCAAAGUGUUCAAAACUCUCGCCGACGAGGAUUAUGUCUUCAUGGAUGACAAAGAUACUGAUGAUGAAAUGCCAGAAUUUGGAAAUUCACAGAGCUCUUAUGAAGAUGUAGUGCAGGUCUUCUACAACUUCUGGCAUGCAUUCUGUACAACCAAGUCGUACGUGUGGGUAGAAAAGUAUGACACCCGAGAAGCACCUGAUCGCAGGACACGCCGUCUCAUGGAGGCAGAAAACAAAAAACUAAGAGACGCUGCAAAGAGAGAACGCAAUGAACAAAUCAGAGAACUGGUUGCAUUUGUUCGCAAGAGAGACAAACGUGUCCAGGCUCAAAGGAAAAGGCUAGAAGAGAGAGCUGCAGAAAUCACAAGAAAGACUGAUGAAAGAAGAAAACAAGAAUUAGAAGAGAAACUGAAGCGACUUGAGAACUACAAGGAAACGAGCUGGUCGGCCAUGUCUGGUCUGGAGGACGAUCUACAGCAGUUGGAGGCAAAUCUCGCCAAGCAGUUCGGUGAGGACAGCGCAGAGGAAGGUGUCGGAAAUAAUGAAGAAGAAGAAGCGUGUGAGGAAGAGGAAUACUACAAUGACCUGUUCUGCGUGGCAUGUAACAAAUCUUUUAAAAGUGAAAAAGCGUUCUCCAAUCACGGAAACUCCAAAAAGCACAAGGAAAAUGUUGCUUUGCUAAAGGCUCAUCUCCAGGAAGAGGAACAAGAACUGGGGGAACUGAAUUGUGGGAUAGAUCCUGAUCAUAUACUCGGUGAACCAGUAGGAUCUGCCACUGAUCUCACAGAAAACAAACAAAAAUUAUCUAAGAAACAGAAGAAGAAAAGAAAACAAAAGCUUCAGAUGCAGGAAGAUAGUGAUGAAUGUGAAGAUAUCGUCAAUAAUUUAGCUGGUCUUGAUAUUGCUGAGAAAGAAUUGUCGGAAAGAAGAGAAGAAUCAAAGAAAAGUGCAAAAGCUAACAAAACAAAGGAUAAAAAUGAGGAAAAAGAUGCCUUUCAGAAUGGUGGUGAUUUACCUGAAGAAUUAUGUGUUACAAAAGCAGACAUUGCUGUGGAUACACAAAAACAGUGUGAAGAUGCAGAUGCUGCUGAUGGGUCUAUGUUAUCUCAGACAUUGAAUUUUGAAGCAAACCUACAGGAUGAUGUGGUUAAUCAGAUGGGUGAUACCGCAGAACAGGAUGUGUCACAAAGUUCGGGGAAACCCAGUGCAUCACAAACUGCUAGGCAGAAGAAAAAUGAGAUUUUCCUGUGCCAGGUGUGCGGCCAGCAGUUUGGAACUAGGAACAAGAUGUUCACUCACAUUAAAGAAAAGGGUCAUGCAGCCAGGCUUCCAGCAAGCAAGGUAGCUAGUAAGGUGGUGGAUCAAAACGAGAAAAGUGGAAAGAAAGAAAAGAGAAAAAACAAGAGAUGACAGCCAUUUUUUUUUUAAUCCACAUUUUAUUUCAAUAAAUGUUACAUCAUA